CUGCGACACCGCAGCCGCGGAGCCUUUUGGGAAAUGAAGUCUUUUCUCAAAGAGCUUGCCGCUCAGCUGGAUCCAGGCCCUCGCAUCUUGGCGGAUCUGCGGCGUUUCGAGGGACAAGAAGCUAGAUGUGGAGCCGAAAUGUGAGGGUGUGACCUAUCUGAUGCGUGGAAGGUGUACUACAAACUCUCGCAAUCUUCACGCUCUUCGUCUGCGGCGACAGUUCCCCUGGGUCUCGGCCGGGCCUCCGCCAGUUGCAACCCUAGCUGUCGGCAGGGUGAAGAGAUGGCUUCCCCGUCUAGACAGCCCCCCCCAGGGGGGUCAGGACUUCUUCAAGGGAGCCGGGCUCGUUCAUAUGGAAGCCUGGUGCAAUCAGCCUGCUCCCCAGUGAGGGAGAGACGCCUGGAGCAUCACUUGGAGCCUGGAGACACCCUGGCUGGACUAGCACUCAAAUAUGGGGUGACGAUGGAACAGAUUAAACGUGCAAACCGCCUUUACACUAACGACUCCAUCUUCCUGAAGAAAACCCUCUACAUCCCCAUCCUGACAGAGCCCAGAGACCUGUUCAAUGGUUUGGAUUCUGAGGAGGAGAAAGAUGGAGAGGAAGAAGUACACCCAAGUACCGAUGAAGUUUGGCCACACUCAACUGCGAGGAAGAAAGAAGAGACAGGAGCAGCACGUGCCAAUGGCGAAGGCCUCCCGGCACCUGGCCAUGACCUCUCUGCCUCUGAUUUCCUUAAGAAGCUUGAUUCACAGAUCAGCCUGUCCAAGAAGGCUGCUGCGCAGAAGCUGAAGAAGGGGCCAAGUGGGGUACCCGGGGAGGAUGCAGGUCCCCACCUGAGCUCCCCUCGGAUGCAGCAACGCGCAGUCCUGGGUCCCGUGCCGCUGACCCGUACCUCUCGGACCCGGACGCUACGGGACCAGGAGGAUGAGAUCUUCAAACUCUGAUCACUGAGAGAAGCAAGAUGUUCAAGGAGAAACUUCAGGGGGAGAGGAGCCUGAGGUGAGGCUCAAGACCAUGGCUUACCAGCCUGCCUGCCUCCACUCCAGCCACCUUCCCCAGCCUCUUUGUCUGCCAAAAAUUCCUUGGCUGGGGCAGUUUUAUUGGCAAGAUUAGGGAAUGGGGACUGGACCUUUCCCAGUUCUUGGGCUGAAUCUAGAGUUGAGUCCUUUAGACUCAGCUGGCUCUUUUUAUAUCCCUGUUGCCUUUCCUAUCCUUUUUACCAUUCCCUGGCCUUAGAACAGGGAAGCAGAGACUCCCCCUCAGCUUCUUCCUCGUCUCCAACUAUGUGACAUAAUUUAUUUGGUGCUAUAUUGAAGUAGUAUUUAUUUGCUAUAUUUUAUGCCUUCCCACUCUGAGCUGAAAAAUGGAAUCUCUGUAGCCCUGCGGUGAGGAGAACCAGGAAUAAUGAGCCAGUGACUGCUGGUUCUCCACCUUCCCCACCUUGUUAGCCAAACCGGUUACUGAGGAUGAGGCGAUCAGUGAUCCCGCCCACCACAGAGAAUGGAUGACUACUGGCCUUUUCUCCAAUCUCAAAGUCAUAUAUUUGGGCUGAGUUGUGUGUUUUUUUUUUUUUUUUUUGGUACCCCAUACCUGUUGAACGGGCUCAGUCUUGACUAAUCAAUUCUCUGUAACUUUUUCACAACUCUUGACUCUUAGAAAAAGCAGCACUGUGGGGACCUGAAGGCUCCAUCCUACCAGUUCACCCCUCUGCCCUGUUCUCAGCCUGUGGUCAGGGGAACGGGUGGAAGAAGGCUUUCCUUGGGGUUGGAAGAGGAAGCCAGUUGUGGAAGUCUCUUUGUCCCCUGACCCCCCGCCCAGAGCCCCUCUGUCCGUGCUUCCUCCUCACUGCGUAUUUCUUUGCGAUUUGUAGCACUGAUCUAUGGUACCGUUGUUUUGCUUGUUUCUUAAACAGAAGUAGGCAAGGGAACCUCAAUAAUAAUGGAAAUCUGCCUCAGUCUCCUGUUUGGAAAUGAUGAGAGGAGAGAUAAGUGGUGUUUAUAUACCUCCUUUCUUCUGCGAUGAUUAUAAGGUGUAAGAAGCUGGAGCGAUUAAACACUGAGCCCUGUGCA